AGUCGCGCUCGCGUUUUGCUGCCCGGCUGUCGGCUCCUCUGUGGCUUGUUCCCCAGGAGAGACGGGUGUGGGGGGAGCCAGGGCCGUGCAGGAACUCCCUGGGGACAGUGCCCGGCUGCACGCGUGGCGCAGGAACUCUGCAGGAAGAAUCAGCCCGAGAGCAGGCUUCUGCAGAGGGCACCCCAGGUGGCGUGGCGACCUCAGCUGUAUAGGAAAUGCACAGACAAGGCCUGGCUAUUCCUGUUCUUUCUCUUUUGGACUGGUUUGAUGUUCCUCAUGGGCUACUCGGCGGUGGCUGGCUCUGCAGGACGGCUCCUCUUCGGCUAUGACAGCUUUGGCAACGUAUGUGGCAGGAAGAACUCGCCAGUACAGGGCGCCCCGCUCUCGGGACAGGACAUGACCCUGAAAAAGCAUGUCUUCUUUCUGAAUGCCUGCAAUCUGGAUGUCAAUGAUGCUCGUCUCGGCUCCAUCGUCCUCUGCGUUGCCAGCUGUCCUGAGGAGCAGCUCAACACACUGGAAGAGAUCCAGCUCUUUGCAAACAGCACUGGCUCUUUCCUUUUUAUUCAUUCUAGAUUUAGUUUCCACAUAGGUGCCUAUCAUUUGCUAUUGGGGAGAGGAAAAGACAAGUCUUUUCCCUUGUUUAACCGCUGCAUCCCUCAAAUGCCUGAGUGCUAUUCUUCAUUUGCAUCUGUCCUGAUAAAUAACCUUGACACUCUCCACCGAAUUCUUAGUGGAAUCAUGUCCAGAAGAGACACAAUCCUUGGCCUCUGUCUCCUCGCAUUAGCCUUGUCAUUGGCCGUGAUGUUUACCUUCCGAUUCCUCACCACCCUUCUGGUUCACAUUUUCAUCGCAUUGAUUGUUUUGGGGUUAUUAUUUAUCUGCAGCAUCCUCUGGUGGCUCUAUUACGACCACACCAAUGACCUCAGCAUUGAGUUGGACACAGAAAGGGAAAAUAUGAAGUGUUUGCUGGGCUUUGCUCUCGUAUCUACAGCCAUCACGGCAGUGCUCCUCGUCUUGAUCUUUGUCCUCAGGAAGAGAAUCAAACUGACAGUUGAACUUUUCCAAGUCACAAACAAAGCCAUCAGCAGCUUGCCGCUCCUCCUCUUCCAGCCUCUGUGGACAUUUGCCCUCAUUUUCUUCUGGGUCCUCUAGGUGACUGUUCUGCUUUGCCUGGGCACUGCAGGAACUGCCCAGGUUAUCAAAGGCGGCCAAGUGGAUUAUCAGCCUCUCUCGGGAAUUCGCUAUAUGUGGUGGUACCACCUACUCGGUCUCAUCUGGACCAGCGAGUUCAUCCUGGCAUGCCAGCAACUGACUGUCGCUGGGGCAGUGGCCACUUGUUAUUUCAACAGGAAUAAAAAUGACCCUCCUGAUCACCCAAUUCUUUCCUCUCUCUCCAUUCUCUGCUGCUACCAUCAAGGAACGGUGGCAAAAGGGUCAUUUUUAAUCACUGUGGUGAGGAUUCCAAGGAUCGUUCUCCUGCACCUUUACAACUUUCUGAAGAGGAAGCAGCACAGUGCACUGUCAAAAUACAUGUUCAGAUGCUGCUUCUGCUGUUCCUGGUGUCUUGACAAAUGUCUGGGCCAUCUCAACCAGAAUUCCUACACUGCAACUGCUAUUAAUGGGACAGAUUUUUGUACAUCCGCAAAAGAUGCACUCAAACUCUUAUCCAAGAAUUCAAGUCAUUUCACAUCAGUUAGCUGCUUUGGAGACUUUGUUAUUUUCCUAGGAAAGGUGUUGGUGGUGUGCUUCACUGUGUUUGGAGGCCUGAUGGCUUUUAACUACCACCGCGCACUGCAGCUGUGGGCCAUCCCUCUGCUACUGGUUGCGUGUUUUGCCUAUUUAGUAGCCCACAGUUUCUUGUCUGUGUUUGAAACUGUAAUAGAUGUCCUUUUCCUGUGUUUUGCUGUUGACCUGGAAACAAAUGAUGGAUCCUCAGAAAAGCCCUACUUUAUGGACCAAGAGUUUUUGAGUUUCAUAAAAAGGAUCCAUAAAUUAAAUGAUGUAAAGGCACAGAAUGAGAAGGACUUGGGAAGGAAGGAUGAAGGACUGGAACUGCAGCCCAUAGUGAGAUAGGUGCCUGGUAUAUAUUUGUACCCAGAACAAUUUCCUUGUAAGAGCG